AUGUGGCAAGGAAUGUGGGCAACUGAGUGCAGCUCCAGCCUGACAGCCUGCAAUCAAAUGGCAACCUCAGUGCUACACCCUGACGCGAGAUGGCAGCCACCAUGCGCUCGGACAAUUUAUGAAAAUCGGGUAUAUAGCCUUAAAAUAGAAUGUGGACCUAAACACCCAGAAGCACCCCACUUUGUAAGAUUUGUAACAAAAAUUAAUAUGAAUGGAGUUAAUAGUUCUAACGGGGUGGUGGACCCAAGAGCCAUGUCAGUGCUAGCAAAAUGGCAGAAUUCAUACACCAUCAAAGUUGUCCUGCAAGAGCUUCGGCACCUAAUGAUGUCUAAAGAAAAUAUGAAACUCCCCCAACUGCCUGAAGUACAGUGUUACAGCCACUGGUCAAAAAGAAAAACCAGAGGCCCAAAAUAUGUAAGCAUUACUGAAAAAGAAGAAAGCGGGAGACCUCACUCUACCUGA